UAUUAUGAUGACUCUCUCAAAACAAUUUUCCCUUUUAGUUUUCCUCUUCGUCUUCCUUUUCCCUCUCAGACACGCCUCAAACCCUCAAAAAUGUCCUUCUUCAUAUAUGGAAUCAUAUAUUAAUAAUUGUGAACGACUUGGUGUCCCUAUUCGUUUUCCCUUCUGCGGGCAUACAGGAUUCAAUGUCCAUUGCAACAAACUGAUCAAUAAGACAGUCCUAGAGCUUCCCAUGUCCGGAACAUUUCUUGUCGAGACUAUCAACUACUCAGAGCAGCAGAUUUAUAUCAGCGACCCUGAAAAAUGUUUGGUGAAAAGGCUUUUAACCUUUAAUACUUCAGGAUCUCCUUUCUCUAAUGGUUUCAGUGUCAACUACACGUUCUUAACCUGUCCUAAUGAGAUCGUGAUCCCGUCUUGGUAUCCGACCAUAACUUGCCUAAGCAAUUCUACCACAUCCUUCUUCGCCACGUCUAACCUGUCUCUAGCAAAUUCAAUGCUACCUUCUUGCCAGGUCGUGAAGAGACUAGCUGUUCCAGUUAGCGUGGGAUUUAAAGAUGUGCUGUUUAAAGAGAGAUUCUCUGGUGUGAUCAACUAUGUAGACCUUAUGCUGGAAUGGAGCUCGCCGAAUUGCAGGAGUUGUGAAAACCAAUUCUUGAGAUGUGGUUUCAAGAACAAGGCCUCCCUCCAAGUCAAAUGCUUCGCUGAUAAAUCCGGUGGUCUAAGCAAUAGAUUACGAGUACUAAUUAUUACCCUUUGCACAAUCGGAGGAAUCAUCAUCUUCACUACUUGUAUUGUUAUCCGUAUAUACAAUUCUGAGAGGUUCGUCACUCAGAGAAGACAAAAUACAGCUUUCGCAUCCAGAACAGUAACUCAACAACCAAGAGAGGUUGUGGUCACUACAGGUCUUGACCAGUCUACAAUAGAAUCAUACAAGAAAGUGGAGUUGGGAGAAAGUAGAAGGCUUCCGGGUACUAAUGGUAUCAUCUGCCCCAUUUGUUUAUCAGAAUAUGCUAGCAAGGAGAUCGUACGGUGCAUACCACAAUGUGACCACUGUUUCCACGUCGAAUGUAUCGAUGCGUGGCUCAAGAUUCAUGGUUCCUGCCCUGUUUGUCGGCGGAACUCACGCUCGUAAAAGUAGUUGUUUUUUUUGUUGUUGUCAAUAUCUCAACAUUGUAAAUUUGUAAUGAAUUUCACUAAUUAUUUUGUUUGUUGAUAAAUACGUUCGUGUUUAUAUGGG